AUGAGUGGAGGGACUGCUGCGCAACCUGGAGGUGCUGACGCUCCUGAUGCAGAUGGGAAAACAAAGGUAGAAAAAAUAAAAGCAGACUAUGGCCCAUUCGGUCAAGUGUUGUACCACGUGGUGUCGUUCACUGAGGGCUACGAGCAGCAGGUGUUGUACUUGUGCAUGAGAGUCUUCGAGUCAACUAUGAGCUUCACCAAGAGUCAACUGACAACGCUGAUGACCGUGUCUAUACUGUCACGCUUGUGCUUCUCGCUAGUUUGGGGUCUGCUGGCGGACGCGUUUGAGACUAACCUGGUGAUGGCUGCUGGGUUAUUAUUCAUGGGCAUCGCCUCCAUUCUGCUAAGCGCCACGUCACGAUUUUCGUCGCAAAAAAUUAUCUCAGAUGAAGAUGAUGAUCAGGAAGGAGGCAGUAGCAGUGCGUUUACCCGUAUUCACGCGCUGAAUUGCAUCGGCCGUAUGCUGUGUGCCGCAAUAACCACUGAGGCUGCUCAGAACAUCUUGCUAGGAUUCAUCGGCUGGCGCGUGUCAUACAUAGUGCUGGGCUAUUUGUGGAUUUCGGUUGGCAUCGCGAUUGUAUUUGCAAUGCAUACCGAGAAGGUACUAACCACUCCAUAUAAUUCCAUGAAAGACUUCAUUGGUCAAAUAUCCGGUGCGUUUACUGCGGUUUUCUCGAAUUGGUCAUCAUUUCUGUGUAUAUUUACAAUGUUGAUUGCGGAGGCUCCGAUGUGCACUUUGCCGUACAUGAUCACGUACCUGGAGUACCUGGGAGUCUCUGACCUGAAAGUGGGUAUUGCGAUAUUGGUCACGACGAUCGGUGGCGCAGCAGGGACUGCGGCUGGAGGAAUUGUUAUCGAACAAAUCACAAAGUUGCAUAGUGAAUAUGGCGAGCUGAUAGCGGGCAUUGUUGUGAUGGGCGUGCGACUAAUCGUUUGUGUAUUGUUCUUUGUGUCUCCGGCGCCGGACGGACGUCUGAUGUGGUAUCACUACAUAGAGUUUGCAAUUCUAGGCGCGACUUUGGUUACAGUUGGCGGCGUGGAUAGACCCAUUAUGAGAAAAGUAAUCCCGGACAAGUACCAGGCUAGCGCCUCGGCCAUCAUCCAGUGCAUAUCGGGUAUCUCGGUUAGCGUGAGUUUCGUGGAGAUCUUCGCGUACGUGUCAGAGAAGCUGCAUGGUUACGCGCCGUCAACACAGGCAAUUGAUGACAUGGACGCGGCGCUGAAAGAUAACAACACUGAAGCCCUGAGGAAGUCGACCAUGUACAUGAUCGUAAUUGGAUCACUGCUGAACAUUGCCUGCUACGGAGCGCUGUUUGGCACGUACCAAACGGAUAAGGAACAAGUUAAGGAGGAAAACGUGCCAGUACGGGUAGAAAGGAAUGAAAGGCAGGAAAAAAGGGAAGAAAUGAAGAGGCAGCUGAGUGCGGCAACUCAUGCUGAAAAGGCAGUUACUCCGCAGGAGGUAGAGGCUAGAUCUACAAAGACGGAAUCACCCAUCGAAGAGCUGCCAUCAUCCGAUCUGGAGGUGGAGAUACCAUUUGAAGGUGAAAACAUUGCCGACAGAGGAACGCCAUUGUCCGAUGAAGCGAUAAAGGAGUUUAUCCGCACUGGAGGUAAAAGUACUGGCGAAUGA